AUGAUUGAUAAUUUUUCUUAAGAUUCAGAAGAAAGCUUAUCUAGUUUUUCUGAUUUAAAAACCAAUCAAAGUUCUUUUAAAAAUGAAUACUUGGAGGCUUGCUUGAAUUUAAAACGACCUGACUAUGUUCUUGAGUUUGAAAAAUAAAUUAAUUUGCGCUCUUUUGCUGAAACAGAAAUUAAAACUCCUCUCAAUUUUUGUUUUUCUCAAUUUGAAUAAGUGUAAGGAAGUAAUAUUAAAAUAGAUGAAGGGUUCUUGCUUAUAAAUAAUUCUGAAGAAGAAGAAGAAGAUGAUGAUGAUGAGGAAGAUGAAGAAAUGUCAUUUGAAGAAGAAAUAGAAAAUAUUUUUGAAUCUUCUUUGAAAAAUAAUAAAAAAUAACAGUUAAGAGAAUUGAAUGAAAAUAUCUUUAUUGCCAUGAAAAAGGAAAAUCUAAUUACUAAUAUAAAAAAAUAUUAUUCAGAUUUGUUAAAGUAUCAUUAGGAAGAUAUUUUUAUCCUGCUUUAGUAGCAUCCAAAGUACAAUAAUUUUGAAGUUCAAUUAUACACACCUGAAUACUUUUAACUUAAAUGCACAAAGGAUAAUGACUCAAAGACAUUAAUUUUGAAAAAAUAUAAUUCUUUUUAAUCGAUUGACGAGGAAGAAUAGUUUAUAAAUUAGAGAGCAAUUAAUUCAAAUAAUUUGAUUUUGACUGAAACAAUUCCAUUGGGUAGAUUUUAUUAUCUUUUAACAGAGAGAAACACUUAUUAUUAGCCAAAUGCUAUUAAAUUGAAUACUCUUAUUGAUGAGUUCUUCACAUAUUUGAACUUGAAUAAAAGUUAGGAAGUUGCUAGACUAUAUGUUGAUAUAAUUGAGCAUAUAAGCUUACUUAAAUUAGUUGAAGUGAAUGGUGGUCUUAAAAUUUAUGGAUAUAAUAAACUUCAUAAAGAUUUUAUUGAUAGGACUAUAGAAUUAAUAAAAUAACAACAAAAAGUAAGUUCUUUAUCAAUAUAAUUAAAUGACUACUUUGAACUGACAAAAAAUAACUUAAAUUUUGAUUGUAAGAAUUAGUUUUUGGAAUAGAAUUGGAGAUUAUCUCCUGAGUAUUACAAUUAAAAUUAAAAUAUUGGUUUUUUCAACGAUCACGUUGAGGUUAAUUAUAUUAUCCCUAGUUAUCAAAAUUACUUCCAUAGUAAUGUUAUCGAGGAUAUUGAAUUUAUCUAGGAUAUUCAUGAUAACGAGUAUAGCGAGUUAAUCAAUGAAUGA